UGCAGCGGGUAGAAGACUUCAGAGACUUGAUAAUAACCCAUACACUUCUCUUUUCUUUUCUCUCUCUUUGACUUCGUCACUCUAUUCUUCUUUCUUCUCCACCUCUCCAUUUUUCUUCCUAUAUAUUUUUCCCAUUCUUUCUUCCUUCUUUUCAUUCAUCUUUCUAUUACUAUACUACAUAAUAACAAAGAAUGAGAUCUUCUCAAUAAUGAAUUCAAGAGAAUUGAACAUGAUGAAAUUUCCAAUGAGUUUGAUUAGCACCUGGUCUGAAGAUCACGACGAUGAUCAAGAUCAUGAUGAUGAUCAUCGGCGCAGUCGCGUUAUUGUCGACGAAGUCGAUUUUUUCUCCGAUAGGAAGGAGAAAUCGUCGUCGCCGGAUGAUCAUGUUUCCAUCAAGAAUAAUCAGAUUUAUGAUCCUCAUUGCAAUCUCAACGAUGCUGACCAUGUCAACACUGGUUUACAACUUCUGAUUACUAAUAUUGGAAGUGAUUUGGAUGAUGAAUCUACAAUAAAUGCUGGAGACAAUAAACAUGCUAAGAAUCUUCAGUUGCAAGAAGAGCUCAGACUUAAGAAUGUAGAGAACCAAAGGCUGAAGGAAAAGCUAAGCGAUUUGCAAAUGCGUUAUGUGUCCUUAAUGCAACAGAAUCAAAGAAAUGAAGCCUCUGAAAGUGAGACUGUGAAUGGAAAAGCUGAGGGAGGAGAUGCUGUGAUGGCUAGAAAGUUUGUGAGUGGUUCUUCGUCAGAAGUAGUUGAUCCAAAAGUAUUGAAUUCUCCUAUUUCGGAUGAAAGAAAGCGAUCGAGAUCGCCCCGGAACAACAAUAAAACGGAUCAGAAAGAGACUGAUCCAGAUUCAACCGAUCAACUGGUACAAGUUUGGGAGCCAAAUAAGGUUCCAAGAUUGAACCCCUCCAAUGCUUCUGAUCAAGCUGCUGCAGAAGCUACUAUGAGAAAAGCGCGCGUCUCCGUCCGUGCCCGGUCAGAAGCCCACAUGAUCAAUGAUGGCUGCCAAUGGCGAAAGUAUGGACAGAAAAUGGCGAAGGGAAACCCUUGUCCUCGAGCAUAUUACAGAUGCACAAUGGCUGUUGGUUGCCCCGUUCGCAAGCAAGUUCAGCGUUGUGCUGAAGACAAAACAAUUCUGAUAACCACAUAUGAAGGGACACAUAGUCAUCCACUGCCACCCGCUGCUAUGCCGAUGGCGUCGACCACCGCGGCUGCUGCCACGGUGUUACUAUCUGGAUCAAUGUCAAGUGCUGAUGGGGUGGUGAACCCAAAUUUACUCUCUAGAAUUCUUCCUAAUUGCUCUUCUAGCAUGGCCACACUCUCAGCAACAGCACCAUUUCCUACUGUCACACUAGACCUUACACAUGACAGCACAGAUAACAAUAAUAACCAAAAUUCUCAUUCCCAAUUUCAACUUGGACAGCCUCAAAACUUUGGAUCAGGACAAUUACCACAGGUCAUUGCACAAGCACUCUAUAACCAAUCCAAAUUCUCUGGCCUUCAACUCUCUCAAGAUGUUGGAGGCUCUUCCCAAUUGCACUCAACUCAACAAGCUUCAUCACUCAGCGCUGCCAUCACCGCCGAUCCAAACUUCACCGCAGCAAUCGCGGCCGCUAUCUCCACCAUAAUUGGCGGUGGUUCUCCCAACAACAACAACAACAACAAUCCUAAUAUCCUCAACAGUGCUGCCUACAAUCAGUAGUAUUUUUUCACAAAACUAGAAACUCUUUGGUUCUAUAUUUGGAUUUAGUUCUAUUUUUCUAGCAAUUAUUUUUUUAUUUAAAAAAAGAAAGAAAGUGUGCAAAGCAAAAUGAAUUUGUGGAUGUUCAUAUUGCUUUCCUCACUAGGUUUUGGAAUACAGCAUUCCAUUAGUUCUUCAUUGUUUCAUUUUUUAUUUUAUAGAAAGCAUUGUUUCAUCUUUAUUAUAUUAUCUACCCAAGAAAUAAUAACUUUAGUAUUCAAUAUUUUCAUUUUA